GAGACAUUAAAUGAUCCAGCGGGUGGUGAAGUGUUUAUUUCAGAAUUAGUUGAAGAAGAAGAAGAAGAUGAAGAGACAUAUCAUUAUUCAACUUCAGACAAUGACGAAUAUUACUUAGAUUAGUCAACUCUAAGCUGUGUAAUAUGGCCAGGGGUAGAGGUAAAGAAGAUGCACGUAAUGCUGAUCGUGGUGUUUUGACGGGUACAGGUAGAGGCCGAGGCCGAGGUGAUCCAGAAAUUGUUCGUGGUCGCGGCACUAUAGCCACUGCACCUUCUUCAGUUGACUUUAGAGCCCCUGCACUAACUCCAACAGCCCCUGUAUCAUACUCAGCCCCUACAGCUCCUCCACUUGCUCCAGUUACCCCCACUGCACUAAAUUCUUCAGGUUCUAUUCCUGGAUCGAGUGGUAGUCGAUCUGCAUCGGGCAUGGGAGAUCACUCGUAUACGUCCUCAUCAUAUGCUACUAGGACCUACUGUUAUGUGAAUGCAAGCGGAAAUCUUAUGCCUUCUGAGAAGACAUCUGGUGCCUGCACAAAGAUUUUUCAAAAGUACAAUGUCGAGGAGGGUUCUUCCUGGAAGAAUAUCCAACAAUCCACAAAAGAUUUUUAUUUCAGAGAGUUUGAGAAAGAAUUUCACUGGGAUGAGGGAAGUGCUGCAAUAGUGAGGAAGGCAUGGAAUAAAAAAGCAGCUACCCGAUACAAAGACUUUCUGACAAAUGAAAAGAAGAAAAAAAAGAGGAGUGCUUAUAUAUCAACUGAAGUUUGGGAUAAAUGGAAUUUAGAUUGGAGUACUCCAGAGUAUGUAGCAAAGUCAAUGAAGUACUCAAAGAACCGCCUAACAGAGAAGGGAGGUGAAGGAGCUGGUCCUUCUACACAUACAGGUGGGUCCAUAACACAUGAGGAGCAUGCUAGACGCAUACAAAAUGCUAACACAGACAAAGUUCCUCCAACAGCAGCUGAGUUGUUUCUCCACACCCAUACAAAAAAGAGUGAUCGCAACAAAUUUGUUGAUAAACGAGCUGAAAUUAUUUAUGAAAAUUAUUUGAAGCUAAAAGAACAACAUUCAAGCUAGAAUGUGGGAUCAGAUCAUGUGGAAGGAGAUGGAGGAACUAUUAAUGAGGAUCAAUUGUUCAUUACUGCAACAGGAGGAUGGCAAGGAAGUCGAGUUUAUGGUUUAGGUAGUGCUGCCUUUUCUGCCUUCUCUCAAACAGGAACUGUGGGAAAAACAACAGAUGUUCCAUCAUCCCAAUCACCAGAAUGGAAGAAGGAAAUUGAAGCAAAGUUUGAAGAGAAGUAUAAUAGUUUGCAGAAACUUGUAGAAGACCAAAAUCAGAUAAUAGCUCAAAUGCGUGAUGAACUACAGGCAACGAGGAUGGGACAGCAGUCUUCCUCAUUGAUGCCAUCAACAUCUGAUAUGCCUCCAGCUCAAAGAUCCCCUGGUGAUUCACAUAUAGAUUAGCAUGAUAUCAUUUCUCACUGACUUUAAUAAUAUAUUUUAUGAUAUGAAUUGGAUACUAUUUGGAUUAAUUAUGUAUUUUGAGAUAUUUUAAGUUUCAUAGUCUUGAACUAUAGUAAUGUUUUGGAUUUUUAGAUUGCAGAAUUAUGAAAUGAAGUUGAUGUUUAUAUAUUA